CCUGCACAAAAUGCCUCGUGACAUUGACUACUAAAUGGAGAAGACUAACAAGUCCAUCUUCUAGAGAGAGUUUUUUCCAUGGCUCUUUUCAAAGUCCCAAAGUCAGUUCCAAUAUGAGAUCACAAUAGACUUUAUUAUAACUGUAAUCUGGACUUUUAGAAAUUUGAAGAAGUUAGGCAAAAGUGAUUAAAUGCCAGUACAAAUAUUCAAACUCAUUACUCUUGUGAACCCAUCUUCAUAUAUUCUGUAGUUGUUUUUUCAGAAGCUAACAUCUUUGCAGGAUGAAGAAGGGUUGGUUUAGUAUGCUCUUGGUUACCAUCAUAACAUUUCAAGUCAUUUCAGCAAUAGACUUCUACGACAUACUGCCCCCUUUGCCAUCAUGGUUACCAGAUACUAAUAAGCUUUGCAAUGUCACCAACUGUGGGAAUGGAAACUGCGUGGCUACAGAGCAAUACCCCUUUGUAAAAUGUGAAUGCAAUCCAGGAUGGAAACAACCAGAGCUUUACCUUGAUGUUCCUUUUCAACCCUGCGUCGUUCCCAAUUGCACCAUGGAUUUCACGUGCGGUGAUGUCUGCCACUUUCCUCCUGCCGAAGCACCCCUGCCUGCCCUUCCGAAAAUUGCAAACCCAUUUGAUCCAUGUUCAUAUGGUGUUUGCGGAGCUGGGAUCUGCACUCGUAAGUCCAACAACACAGUGGAAUAUCAAUGCAACUGCCUUAAGGGAUAUGGGAAUAUCAUGAACCAGACUUGGGGUUUCUGCUCUAGAUCAUGUGAACUCCAGGGAGACUGCUCGCGUCUUAAAAUUACAGUCAGUAGUAACGGUGCUGAAGUCACUCCGGCGACAAAAACUUCUUGUGUUCAUGACUUACUGCCCCCUUUGCCAUCACAGUCACCAGUUGCAGAUACUAAUCUUUGCAAUGUUACAAACUGUGGGAAUGGAACCUGCAAGACUACAAAUGUAUAUCCCUUUGUGAAAUGUGAAUGCAACCCAGGAUGGAAACAGCCAGAGCAUUACUACGAUGUUCCUUUUCAACCCUGCGUUGUUCCCAAUUGCACCAUAGAUUACACUUGCAGUGGAGCCAGCUCGCUGUCUCCUGCUGAGGCACCCUUGCCUGCCCUUUCGAAAAUUUCUGAGCCAUUGAAUCCAUGUUCAUACAACGUGUGUGGAGCUGGGAUCUGUAGACUUAAGUCCAAUGUCACUCGGGAAUAUCAGUGCAACUGCUUCGAGGGAUAUGCAAAUAUAAUGGACUGGACUUGGGGUUUCUGCUCUAAAGAAUGUGAACUCCAAAAGGACUGCUCGCACCUUAAUGUCUCAGUUAAUAACGAGACAACUCCUGAUUCUUCUUCUACCAAUGAUGCUCAAGAUGGUCUGAAGUUUAUGAAGGAAAACAGUCACUUGGUCAAAGGUUCAAUUCUGGCAACAUUGAUAAUGCUCUUGGUGAAAUGAUAUGAUGAAGCAGAACACGCCUUCUAAUAUUUAUUUGCAUUUUUUCCACUUUGGAAACAGUUGGAGGAUCGUAUUUGUUUACUGGGAUCUACCAUUUUAAUAAUAUGAUUCAGUUCUAUAUAAAUAAAUUUUCCAUCUUUUUAUAGAA